AACAUUCACUGUGCUAUUUAAUACAAGAGAUUAUGGGACAUCAAGAGUUAUCAACGAGUGGGCUAUUUAUCUAAACUGAUGGUAUCCCACUAACGUCACUAUGCUAUAAAUAAUUGAUGACGAAGAAUGUUUCGACAAGAGUUCAUUCCUCUUGGGAUUAUCACUCGCAGACGAAAAGUGGUGGCACUUCUCCUGGUAGCACUGGGCUGUGUCGCUGUCAUCUACUGCCUGAAACGAAUUGAGAGAAAAGAGGAUAAAAUUAGUUCGAGAGUUACGGUCCCUAGUUUUGCGCCAAGCAAGGCUGAAUCCCAAAUACAACACCCGGACAUAACUAGAACUGCUUUGGUAGAGAGUCGAGGAUUUACGUCCGUAGCUACAGUCAGCGUCAAGAUGGCUUCUCAUACCAAAGACGGAUUUGAUGCCCUUAGAGUUUAUAAACUGUUUAUAUCUUGCAGAACAGUAGAUGAUGUAAUAAACCUUGAUUGCUAUAUUGAUGCUUAUGAAGAGCUGUGCAAAUUGUUUCGACUUUUUGGCACUAUAUUCAGUUUUGUCACUUCAGAUGUUGAAGAAAAGAUAGGAAUUUUACGGGAUUUUCGCAAAUCUGAAAAUGCAGAACAAUACAAAUCAGUUCAAUCUAUGCUUCAAUUUGAAGUUUCUAAAGACCUUACUAAAAGUAAAAAACAUCCUUCUGGUGCAAGAACACUUUUGAGACUUCAUCGUGCUUUAGAGUUUAUUUCAGCAUUCCUACAGAAAUUGAAGAAUACUGACAAUAGUGUUAAAUUUUCAUCAGCUGCCAGUGCAGCCUAUGAUGACACCUUAUCUAGACACCACCCUUGGCUCAUUAGGAAAGCUGUACACGUUGCUAUGUACAUGCUACCAACACGGCAAGAUUUGUUGAAAAAAAUGGGAGUGGAAGAUAAUGAAGCAGGAAUGCAAGGAAUAAAUGAUUUAAUCCAUGAACUCAAUACAAUAUUCAGUGUUACUGAAGAACUUUACAAGCGAGAUGAUCUUUUAGAUUUACCAUAAUAGGAUUUUUAGAAUUCUUUUGUUUAGAAAUUUAUUUUAAUUAAAAAGCAAUCUUUUUCAAGUAUUCAACUUGUGAGAAGCAAUUUUUUUAGAAUUUUUUGGUAAUUUUAUUUUAACAAUCAUUUUUUAUCAAUAAAUUCAAAGCAAUACAUCUUACUCAAAAUGUUACUUUUAAAAAUGGACAGCUGUUUAUUAUUCAUUUCUUUACCAGAUACACAUACCACAUUUUAAAAUUCUGUUGCUUUCCUUUUACUUUAAUUAUCUCAGCUAGCUCAGUUAUAAGAGUGAAUAGUAACCAAGAAUUUAGAUAGUGAAAACACAGAUAAUCUGUCAACAAUAGUUUGGUAUAAUUAUUAAAUGCUGAUGUAUUAUUUAUUAAGACCUUUAGUAUUAUAGUUUUACAAAUUAAUAUUUGCUAGAUGAUUAUUUUUACAAAAAAAUAGAGAAAUGUAUUAUUUUAUGUCAAUUUCAUAAUUAAUAUUGAGGCAGUUAAUCUUCUAAAAAGAAUAAAUGAAAAUGUUUUUUAAAUUUGUCUUUAAAAAUAACAUACAGAUCAUCAUAAUAUUGUUUACAUUCCUCAAAGAUAUUAUUUUUAUUUGCAUAUAAGCAGCCUAUAUAUUCCAGUUUGUAAAAAUAUUCUGUGAAGUAGGUUUAAGGCUUACAUUUGUAUAAAACUUGUUUCCCUAAAAAAACAUUUGUCUAGCUGAUUCUAAUUAUCAUUUGCAUAAUCUUCAGGCUACUUUGUACAUUAUUAUUUUAUUGUGUGAAAUCCGUACAUUGAUACAUGAAAUGUGUGAACUUUAAAUUUGAUUUGCUUAAAGCUAUGAUUGUUCAAGGGGGAUUUUUUGCUGUGAUUAUUCCAGACUUGUUCAGGUAAACAAGCUGUGUAAUACCUGUGGUUGUAGAUCACACAGGUUUGAUAACUAUUUAUUUUUCUAUAUUGUUGUUUUAUGAUUCUUCAACGUCGAAGUAUUUCUUUGCUGAAGAAUCCAAAGUGGUAAAUUAAAACAAAAAAACAAGUUCAGAAAGAGAAGUUUUUUUCAUUUAUUUGUUGGUCUAGAAUACAAAAAAAAUUCUACAAUCUAGGUAUUUUCAGUUCUGCACAUACAUACACUUUAUAUAGAUGCCAGUUUAGCUUAUAUGUAUGGGAUCUUAAGUGGUAAACAUGCCAUACUUAAUUAAAUCUUUAUGUUAAAUAUUUUUUGAAUAUGUCAAUUAAUAAAAGAAAAUAUACAUAGCUACAAUUUAUACAAUUGUAGGACUAAAAGGGAUUCAAAAUUUGUUUGUAUAUUAAACACAACAAGAAAGUAACACAUUUAAAGUUACAUCUCCGUUAAAUU